AAGUCAACUGAACAGUAUUUUUUUGACAAUAUAUUUCAUUAUUAUAAGCAAAAGUUCAUUAUUAUAACAUUUCAGUAUGUUGAUUGAUAUUACUAAAGAGUUUAGAAAGUAUUCCAAACAUUGUCAUAGUCUGAAACGUAUAAUACAAGAAACUGAAAGUUCUUUUGAAGAGAUUAACAAUUCAAUACAGUUAGUCGAUGAGAUAAAAGAAGAUUUACUGAAGACAGGUAUCAAUCAGUUGAGGCCAAAGCUAGAACAAAGUCCAACAAUACUUGUAUUUGGGCAAAACUGUAGGGCUAAAGCAUCAUUUGUUAAUACCUUUUUGGGGCAGAAUAUCCUUCCUUCUUUUAGCUCUAAAUGGAGAUGUGUGACAUUCAUUUACGGGCAUACAAAAAAUAUCCACCUAACUUUGGGCCACGAAAUCGAAAUAGUGGAAAGACUUCAGGCGCACGAAAAAUCGUGGACAACCAUACCUGACGGUGAUUUACAAAGAGGUGAUAACGAGUGCCUCUUGGAAUACUGCCCCUCACUUGAAGUCGAGUUGCCCCAUAUUGUUCUCAAAGAAAAUGUCAAACUCAUGGUACCACCCGACUGUCCUCCAGAACAAUUGACUGAAACUUUGUAUAAAUAUGUAGAAAACGUUCUACCGAUUGUUGUGUAUACCACGUCUGAAGGGGUUCUAAGUGAUGCGAAUAUUCAGGAAAUCCGUAAACUCAAAGAUAUAUACAAAGUACCCUUUUUGGUUUUCUCAGUCUGGAAUGGGGAAACAAAAACAUGUAGCACUGAAUCUCUCACAGAAUCUGAACAACACUCGUUAGAACCAGAAAAUGACCAUGAGUUCAGAAAUUUACAGAAUUUACGUGAUCAACUGAUAAGACUGGGGUUAAUAAGUGAUAAUGAAAAUGUUAAGACUGUUAAUAAAGGAGAAAGGAAAUCUCAUUGUUUGGAGUGUUCAUUAGAUACUUUGAUAAGUGAUAAGAGUGUAAAUGAGGAUUUUUUAUCUCAUAUAAAAAAUGUUUUGAGAUAUACGGUUUUGAGACUAGCAGCCAAACUAAGUGAGGUGCAUAAUAAAUGUUUGAGGCAGUUUAUACUUAGUGCUUUUGAUAUGGCACGCGAAAUACAGAUAACCCCAAAACGAAUUGAGUAUGCUCAGAAGGUUGAAUUGCAACUAUAUGAAACAUUGAUGAACAUUGCCUGUGAGCAACAAGAAGAAAUAGCUGUAAUCAUUCAACGAACUCUUCUAGAUAUGAAAUCCAAUGUUGCUGAGGUCUUGGAAGGUUAUAAUGAAAAUGUUACUCUCAAUCGUACAGCCAAAACAGUAACAAUGGAAAUACAGCAACUGGUGUUGAGUAGACUGAACACAUCAGUCGCAACCCAAAUCGUACAAUCAGUGGGUUGCUUGCAUGAAAGCUUCACUGGUACCUUGCAACGCUGCCUUGAAAGCCUAGAAAAAAACUGCCAUGAACUAGAAGGAAGCGUCUCAGCUUCAGAUGCUGUGAGGCAGAUAGUCAGUGCAGCAUAUAAUAUCGAUCUGAACUCUUCUUCUUCAUUUUCAAUAGUACAUAGUUUGAUGGAUCGCUUGAAAACCUUAUUGUCCACGUUUGCCCUCCCUUGGUCUUCUGGUGGACAAGUCCAGUGUCACUUUCAAUGGCAGCUGCAAGUUGCAACAAAUAUGAUUGACAAACUCAGUGCCUACAAACUUGCCAAGACCAUAUCUGUACAAUUUAAAGAACACAUAAAAUCUUCCCAUGAAUCUUUUCAAUCAGCUAUUCGUUUAUUAGAACAUCAGCUAUCAGGUCAACUUGAACAAACUGAAGAACAAAGGAUAGCUAUUCGCAAAAGGCAUGCGCCGAGAUUCGCUAGACUAACCUUAGAAAGUACCUCCCUCUGCGACCUCAUCAGGUAUGGAAUGCCUAAACAGCUGAAAGAAAUAGGCAGAGGUCAGUAUGGAGUGGUAUCAGCGUGUGAACCUUGGGCUGGAAUAAACCCAUGUGCCUUCAAGUCUGUAGUACCACCAGAUGACAGACACUGGAAUGAUUUGGCCAUGGAAUUUUUUUACACAAGAACAAUUCCUGAACAUCCGCGUAUAGUCAAACUCCGAGGGUCAGUGAUAGAUUACUCUUACGGAGGAGGUACUACACCGGCAGUCUUACUUAUCAUGGAAAGGAUGACCAGAGAUUUGUACUGUGGCCUAAGAUGUGGUUUAUCCUGGCAUGUGCGAUUACGGAUAGCCAUUGAUGUUAUCGAAGGCAUCCGGUACUUGCAUUCUCAAGGUUUAGUUCAUCGGGACAUCAAGUUGAAAAACGUUCUGUUGGAUGCGAGAGACAGAGCUAAACUGACAGAUUUUGGCUUCUGCAUACCAGAAGCCAUGAUGUCUGGAAGUAUUGUUGGUACUCCAGUUCACAUGGCACCAGAGUUGUUGAGUGGUCGAUACGAUUCGAAAGUUGACGUAUAUGCCUUCGGCAUUCUGUUUUGGUACAUUUGCGCAGGUCAAGUGAGGCUCCCGACACAUUUCGAUCAGUUCCAGAAUAAAGAGCAGUUAUGGAAUAGUGUCAGGAGAGGGAUGAGGCCAGAAUGUCUGCCCAAUUUCGAAGUUGCUUGUUGGAAUCUAAUGGAACAAUGUUGGGCUGCUGAUCCUACUGAAAGGCCUUUGUUAGGCCAUGUGCAGCCCCAGCUGGAAGAAAUUUACAACAGCGUUAAGAACAAAACUUUCGAAAAGUUGGGCAGUUCUACUAAAACUCCUACUUAGUUUUUAUUAUAAGCUGUAAGAUCAAGCGCAUGAUCUUUUCUUUUUAUAUCAAAGAUAAUCGGCAUAGAGCCAGGUGAUUUUUAUAUUUUUAUUUAUUUGUUGUGUUUUGCUAGAAUCUUUGAUUAUUCAAGAACUAAUUCGAAUUAAACCUACUUUUGGUUUAUUUCUCGACGUUGUGAUGAAAUGUGUUAUCCUUAUUCGUUUUUAUUGAUUCAACACGAAUUUAUUCAAAUUUUUUGUAGGUAUUCCUAUGAUUAGAGAGCUUUAACUUAGCUUAUAUUCUUGUAAUUGUACAAAUCUGAGAUAUAUGUUAGUGAUUUUUGUUUAGAAUACUUUUGUGAUCUUAGUUUCAGAUAUUCUUGCACCCGUCUCCGAAAUUUCAACGGAAAUAUAUUUGUUUAUAAAAUGC